CGCAAAGUGACAUUCGCUCUUGGAGCCGAUCGAUUACAAUAGUGCUACUUAAAUUUUCAUAGAGUUUUAGUGGUUCAUAGAAACGAAAAUAGAAUUUUCGGAUAAAUUUACUUGUAAGAGUUCGCGUAUAAGAUACACCCAUCAAGGGAUUGAAAAUUCUGAUAAAAUGGUGGAUGAUGUGGGCGGAAGCGAUGUGUUCGGGGAUGAAAAUAACGGAGGCUUUUCUUGGAUCAACAAUUGGAUCAAGGGUACUUGGGUGGAAGAAGUUGAGCAUUAUCUGCAUUAUGUCGGAGGCGGCGCAGGAGCUUUGGCGCUGACCGGAGUGGCGGCAGUGUCUGCUCUGUAUUUGGCAUCACGUCCAACCGGCGAAGAACCACUCGUGCCUUUGGAACAACAGUGCAAGAUUGUUGGGUGUAAGAGUUCGCGUAUAAGAUACACCCAUCAAGGGAUUGAAAAUUCUGAUAAAAUGGUGGAUGAUGUGGGCGGAAGCGAUGUGUUCGGGGAUGAAAAUAACGGAGGCUUUUCUUGGAUCAACAAUUGGAUCAAGGGUACUUGGGUGGAAGAAGUUGAGCAUUAUCUGCAUUAUGUCGGAGGCGGCGCAGGAGCUUUGGCGCUGACCGGAGUGGCGGCAGUGUCUGCUCUGUAUUUGGCAUCACGUCCAACCGGCGAAGAACCACUCGUGCCUUUGGAACAACAGUGCAAGAUUGUUGGGGGCUCUGAAAAUAUUCAUGUAUCGCGAUUUUGCAAAGAAGCUGAAGAGGGCAAAUAUAUUUCUUACAUUGAUGAAGAUACAAGGACGCUGUAUGACACCUUCAGAAAAGGGGCCAAAGUAUCAAAUAAUGGCCCAUGCUUGGGAUGGAGAGAAACGACCACAUCACCGUACACAUGGUUAAAUUACAAUGAAACUUUACUCCGAGCCAGGAAUUUUGGCAGUGGACUGGUCGGAUUGGGAUUGAACCCAGGACCAGAAACAUUGAUUGGAGUGUAUGCCCAAAAUUGUCCAGAAUGGAUAUUGACGGAACAAGGCGCCUAUUGCUACGGCAUGGUGAUUGUGCCAUUGUAUGACACAUUAGGACCGAGGCUUGCGCUUUUAUCAUAA